UAAAUGUCAUUAGAAAGAAUUUCUUCAACGAGUUAAAACACAAAGUAGUAAAAAAGUAACGAUAAAAAAUGAAAAUGAUAAUUUUAGUCCCCUGUUUUAUUUUUUGUAUCACCUUGUUUCCAAAACUAACAUUAUCCGAGAAUGUAUGUGACUUGCCUUUGUUAACUGGACCAUGUAAGGGUGACUUUCAACGAUAUGGAUAUGAUGCUUCUAAGAGAAAAUGUGUCACUUUUACAUAUGGAGGAUGCCAAGGAAAUGGAAAUAAUUUUAAAACCGAGGAAGAAUGUAAAGCAAAGUGCAGUGCUGAUUGUAGUAACAGUAAAAGUAGUUUUUUGACAAAAAUAGCUGCAGUGUUAAAAAAUAAAUUAAUUAAAUACCUUUAAUAUAUAUGUAUAUUUUUAAUAAAAUAUUUCUACUAAAUAAUAUUAG